AUGGCGAGUGCAGAGCAGCUUAUCUCGCGACGAAGCACCUUGAUUGCAACGUUGGGUCGGGCAGAGGCAUUCGUGGCAAAUUUCAACGAGGACAGAGAUCUACCACAGGUGCAGCUGAGGAUUGAACGCUUAGGUGAGCUAUGGAGAAAGCUGGAAGAUGUCCAGGAAAGUUUAGUGGAGCUGGAAGAGGAAGGUGAAGGUAGGAGAGAGCAUGAAGAGAUUCACGCUGGUAUAGAAUCUCGACUUUUUCUAAUAAAAUCGAAUCUUCUUUCUAAAUUGUCUUCUCCACUUACUGAUAACUCUCGCAUCCCUCAAUCUGCACGCACUAACUCCACUCUCUCCGGAAUCAAAUUGCCGACGAUAACACUUCCCGAGUUUAAUGGAGAUUAUAUGCAUUGGCUCGCAUUUCACGACACAUUCUUAGCACUGAUCCACUCCAACCCCGACGUACCAGAAAUACAGAAGUUUCACUAUUUGAAGGCUGCGGUCAAAGGUGAAGCAGCUCAAUUGAUUGAGUCGAUAGCGAUUAGUUCUGCUAACUAUAAUUUAGCUUGGCACAGUUUGAAAUCUCGAUACUCUAACGACUACUUAUUAAAGAAGAGACACCUGCAGGCACUCUUCGACAUACAGGUGGUCAAAAAGGAAUCAGCGACUACCCUUCAUGUACUAGUAGACGAGUUCGAACGUCAUAUUAAAGUUUUGCAUCAACUAGAAGAACCAACCGACACUUGGAACACAAUUCUUGAGCACCUUUUGUGUACCAGGUUGCCAGAGGAAACACUGAAAGCGUGGGAGGACCAUGCUUCGCGUGAGGAAGAGCCGAAUUAUACUUGUCUUGUUCAAUUUCUCCAGCGUAGAAUCAGAGUGCUGGAAUCAAUAUCUGUGAAUAAUCAUAACGCAUCUACAAGUUCCACGAACACAGCACACCAACCGAAAAAGUCAGCACCGUUUCGACUUUCUUCUUACACAUCUACCGCCACUUCUACCGAUAAAUGUCCGGCGUGUAAUCUGCCGCAUUGCUUAGUGAAAUGCCAAAAGUUCAAUCGAUUUUCCCCUUCUGAACGCCAACAAUUUGUCGCAACGAAACGAUUAUGCCAUAAUUGUAUGCGAAAGGAUCACAUGGCUCGCAACUGCCCAUCCAGUUUCAGUUGCCGAUUAUGUAACCGUCGACAUCACACGUUAUUACAUCCCGGCAUCCGUGAGAGCUCUACUAAUCAACCUGGAAACCGAGAUUCUGCGAGGCCAGAAUCGUUCACGAGAACUGGGUCCCUACCAGUCCCGUCUAAUGCACCAGAUUCGUCACAAAUAUCGGUCACAGCCACCGAAACUACACCGAACAUAGUCAAUUGUACACCUGUAAAACAAACUUCUGAAAACGUUUUUCUAUUAACAGCUGUCGUAAAAAUCGUUGAUGCCUACGGACACGAUCAUCUAGCGCGUGCACUAUUGGACAGCGCCUCCCAGCCAAACCUGAUUACUGAUCGAAUGGCACAAAUUCUGAAACUGAAGCGAGCAAAAGUGAAUGUCACUAUACAAGGAGCGGGUAAAAUGUCCAAAGUAGUUCGUGAAUCUGUUUUCACAGAAAUAAAAUCGAGAAAAGAAGAAUUCUCUUGCGGAGUUGAGUUCCUGAUAAUGGACAAAGUCACUGGAAACAUUCCGUCCCAGAACGUUUCAUUAACUGGAUGGAAAAUCCCAAGCGAUUUGGUUCUUGCAGAUCCACAAUUCAACAAAUCACAGCCCAUUGACAUGGUGUUGGGAAUCAAACACUUCUAUUCUUUCUUUCCUCAUUCAGCGCGUAUUGAGCUAGGCACUGAACUUCCCCUACUCGUGGACAGUGUGUUUGGAUGGAUUAUCGCAGGCUCCGCCAACGCAAAUACACCAACGUACAAUUCCAAUAUUGUCGAGAUAUCUAUGCUCUCACUGGAGGACUCUAUCGAACGAUUUUGGCAAUGCGAAGAGUUACUCAACAAAGACAAUUUCUCGAUCGAAGAGCGACAAUGUGAAACCUUAUUCCAAUCGACCUCUGAACGCAACACGGAAGGGCGAUACAUUGUUCGCUUGCCCAAGAAGCCAGAUUUCGAGUCUAUGCUAGGCCAUUCAAAAGCCACUGCCAUUCAUCGCUUUGAAUUACUCGAAAAAAGAUUGAAACAAAACUCUGAAUUACGAACUGAAUACCAUAAAUUCAUGCACGAUUACCUCACUCUAGGGCAUAUGCGGCUGGUAGAAAGAGAAUAUGCCAACGAAAAGCAAUAUUACUUGCCUCAUCACUGCGUCGUGAAGGAAGCUAGUAAGACCACAAAAGUACGCGUGGUGUUUGAUGGCUCGGCAAAGACAUCUACAGGAUUCUCGCUCAACGAUGCUCUGUGUGUGGGCCCAGUAGUCCAAGACGACUUGUUAAAUAUCAUUCUACGAUUCCGCACGUUUCAAGUGGCCCUUGUCGGUGACAUAGCUAAAAUGUACCGUCAGAUCUUGGUUCAUCCUGAUGACGUACCACUGCAGCGCAUACUGUGGAGAUUUUCUGAGGAUUCUCCAAUUCAAGCAUACGAAUUAUUAACCGUGACUUACGGUCUAGCUCCUUCGGCUUUUCUAGCAACUCGUAGUCUCCAGCAAUUGGCAAAUGAUGAAGGCGAACCAUACUCACUUGGUCGUCCAGCGUUACAGAAAUGCUUCUACGUCGAUGACUUUAUCGGUGGUGCACAAUCGGUGGAAGAAGCGAUACAGCUUCGGAACGAAUUAAGUGAACUUCUCAACAAAGGCGGAUUCACGCUCCGCAAAUGGGCUUCGAACAAAUUGGAGGUGUUGCAAGGAUUAAACGUUGACCAAAUUGGAACACUGUCGGCUUUGCAUUUUAGUCCCGAUGAGACGGUGAAGGCUCUAGGAGUUACAUGGGAACCAGGGACUGAUAUGCUCCGAUUCGAUUCGAACAUUCGUCACAACAAUGAAUCAUCAACGUAG